GGUGCCGUUUUGGGAGGGAACGUUGAUCCACUGCGUUUUGAUAACCGUGCAAAAACGGCAUGAAAUUUGAAAUGAAACGAGUGGAAUGCGAGCCGAGCAAUGUACAUGUACUCUUCAAUUUCAUUUUCAACCUCUGUUCUCAUAAACCCUAGAAAAAUUCAAACUCUUGGGAUUCCAUCAACAACGAUGUCUUGGGCAUGCAAAAAAUGCACCUUUGUGAACCCCCCUUCUCAAAAAGGGGAAUGCGAAAUCUGCUUUUCCCCUGCGUCCCCGUCGGCAUCGGGUCCUUCUUCGUCUUCGUCGCCCCCAAAAUGGUCGUGCAAGGCCUGCACUUUCUUAAACCCUUACAACAACCCCUCUUGCGAGGUCUGCGGCACUCGAUGCCCCGUUCUCUCCCUUUCUAAUCUCACCGACUUGAAUGAUGCCACCGAUCACGAUUCUUCUGUGGGUUCUGUUUUCUUCCCUCUUCGAACCUGCAAAAAGAGAAAGGCCAUCGACGACGACGACGAUUCUUCUGAGGUCAAGGUCAAGCCAUCCGAUAAAGCUACCGAUAUCACCGGUGAUGAGAAUAUUGACUCAGGAAAAGCCUUCAAGAUAUUGAGUUACAAUGUUUGGUUCCGGGAAGACUUGGAGUUGCACAAGAGGAUGAAGGCUAUUGGCGACCUUGUUCAGUUCCAUUCCCCUGACUUUAUCUGUUUCCAGGAGGUUACUCCCAAUAUAUAUGACAUUUUCAAGCGAUCCACUUGGUGGAGUGGGUAUCGUUGCUCAGUUUCUUCUGAGAUGGAUUAUUCAAGACCCUACUUUUGUAUGGUGUUAAGCAAACUGCCUGUGAAAUCAUUCAGCAAGAAGCCCUUCAGCAAUUCUAUAAUGGGAAGAGAACUUUGCAUUGCGGAGGUUGAAGCUGCAAGAGGCACGUCAUUGGUUAUUGCCACAAGCCAUCUUGAGAGCCCCAGUCCAGGCCCUCCAAAAUGGGAUCAGAUGUUCAGCAAGGAAAGAGUAGUGCAGGCCAAUGAGGCUAUAAACCUUCUCAAGAAACAGCCAAAUGUUGUUUUUGGAGGUGACAUGAACUGGAAUGACAACCUGGAUGGUCAAUAUCCUCUACAAGAUGGAUGGGUUGAUGCCUGGUCUCAACUAAGGCCAAAUGAAAAUGGUUGGACUUAUGACACCAAGGCAAACCAGAUGUUGACAGGCAACCGUACUGUGCAAAAGCGAUUGGAUCGCUUUAUUUGCCGUUUAACUGAUUUUAAGAUAACCAGUGUUGACAUGAUUGGGAUGGAAGCAAUACCUGGUGUUUCAUACAACAAAGAAAAGAAAGUACGAAAGGAGAUAAAACAACUGGUACUCCCUAUUUUGCCUAGUGAUCACUAUGGCCUGCUUUUGACAAUUUCUAGUAAGUAAAGCCAGUCUGGAGAGAUGGCUGGUGAAACCAUUGUUUUGAUGUUCUCAUUCUCCAUCGUUGCUGUAUCCAAGGCAUGCUUUGCAUGCAAUUUUGUACAGAUUACAGGAAAAAUGUAAUGGAAACGGUGCUGGCAUUGUAAUGGGGACAGAGUGCUGUAUUUUUCAGAACUUCUAAACUAUCUCUACCUUGGAUAGUGGAUAUAUAAUUUUCCUUUCUCGGUCUUUCA